AUGGCGGGUGUGCCAACCCUCUCUUACGGUACCUCCGGGUACUUCUUGGAAUCCUCAUAUCAUGAAAUGUCUCUUGAAGCUGCUGCCGAUGCUCACCGCUACCCCCCCAAACUCUGUCCUUCGCACAACCCUAAUCCUCACUUCCACGAAAGCCUUCAUGGUAGUGGCGGUGGAGGCGGCAGCUGUGUGCAUCAACAGCACAUCUGCCAGCAGUCUCAACAAUCACCUCGUGGACCUCCCAUCCACACCUGUGAGGUCCAUCCCACGGGGCCCGCGUGUAUUCAUAAGCAGCAACAGCACAUGUGCCGUUCGGGCGACUGGUCGUCAGAUCCCCGUGGCACCUGUCCAUCACGAGGCGUGAUCGAUCAACCUCCACCGAACUCGCCGCAGUCGGAGCGAAAUAUCAGUGAGACGUCGGCCAGUCCCUCCACACGGACUGGAAGUGUCCACCAUCACCAGCGGCAGGUGGUACCCACAGUUAAUGUUGCAGAGUACGAUGGUGGUGGACGAGAAGCGCCGGACGCUGUAUCGCAUAGCAGUGGUGGGCCGAUUAAUGGCGAUGGGCACCUUGUGACUGAUGAAGGCGUCACCCCAUCGUUUGGUGAAAUUGAAUUGAUCCUAACCUUCGAUGACUACGAUCAAAGCCUGACGGCACACGUAGCAAGGGCCCGAGGUCUUCGGCCAAUGGACCUCAACGGUCUAGCUGAUCCAUUCGUCAAACUGCGACUUCAUCCAGAUCCCACAGAAGACGUGGAUUUGAAUAGACAGAUCAAGUAUAUUCCAAAUACCCUCGAGCCCGAAUGGCAGCAGACAGUAGUUUUCAUGAAUUGCCUCAAGCGGACCCUCAAGAAACGUGUUCUUGAGGCCACUGUGUGGGAUUUCGACCGGCUUAAAAUGAAUGAUUUCAUGGGACAGGCAAUCAUUCAUUUGGGAUCAAAAGAGGCUUUGGAUGGUCAACCGCAUUGGUACAAGUUGCACGCACUUCAGGACAUCGUGAUUCCGGGAUAUCGUCAGCCUGGUACAAGAUCCGUUGCUCCUCCCAUUUCUCAAAGUGAUCAGGUCAAGACUAUCAAGAUGAACGUUACGAAAAUGCUGGAGGGUCGGAACUGUAUUAUCACCUUGUAA